AUGGACUCCCCUGCGGCGGUAGAUGAAAAUAAAGACCUGGAUGGAGUACCGGGGUCUGCCUUUGGGAACAUGCGUGCAUAUGCACAGAUCACUACGUACAUCGACUUCCUGGUGGAGGUAGAUGAAAAUGAAGCUCUGGAUGGAAUAUGGGGUUCUGCCUUCGGGAACCUUAUUCAAGUAAGCUUGUCAAAUAUACAGCUUCAACCUAAUGGCGACUGGUGUGGGCUCACUCUUUUAGCUCAGGCGUUUGACGGAGCCUCAGGAUAUAACCUACAGCUUUGA